AUAAGCCGGAACUCGGGCUUUUCCUUGUAGUGUCGCUGGGACCGUUGCGCGGUGAGCUUGUGUUGCAGCUUUAUCGUCAAUCACUACCUGGGCGUUGCGAGCCUAAAGAGCGGGGCACGCGGGCCAGUCAUGUCGCGCUACGGGCGAUAUGGAGGAGAGACCAAGGUGUAUGUUGGUAACCUGGGAACUGGUGCUGGCAAAGGAGAGUUAGAAAGGGCUUUCAGUUAUUAUGGUCCCUUAAGAACUGUGUGGAUUGCAAGAAAUCCUCCAGGAUUUGCCUUUGUGGAAUUUGAAGAUCCAAGAGAUGCAGAAGAUGCAGUACGAGGACUGGAUGGGAAGGUGAUCUGUGGUUCACGAGUGAGAGUUGAACUAUCAACAGGCAUGCCUCGGAGAUCCCGUUUUGAUAGACCACCUGCCCGACGUCCCUUUGAUCCCAAUGAUAGAUGCUAUGAGUGUGGUGAAAAGGGACAUUAUGCUUAUGAUUGUCAUCGCUAUAGUCGGCGGCGGAGAAGCAGGUCACGGUCUAGAUCGCAUUCGAGAUCCAGAGGAAGGAGAUAUUCUCGCUCACGCAGCAGGAGCAGAGGACGGAGGUCACGAUCAGCAUCUCCUCGACGAUCAAGAUCUGUGUCUCUUCGUAGAUCAAGAUCUGCUUCACUAAGAAGAUCUAGAUCUGGUUCUAUAAAAGGAUCGAGGUAUUUCCAAUCCCGGUCAAGGUCAAGAUCCAGAUCCAGGUCUAUUUCACGACCAAGAAGCAGCCGAUCAAAGUCCAGGUCACCAUCUCCAAAAAGAAGUCGUUCCCCAUCGGGAAGUCCACGCAGAAGUGCAAGUCCUGAAAGAAUGGACUGAAGUUCUCAAGUUCACCUUUUAGGGAAAAGUUAUUUUGUUUACAUUAUUAUAAGGGAUUUGUGGUGUCUGUAAAGUGUAACCUAGGAAUGGUAUUUCAACCAUUAAUCAAAAUGGAUCUGGAUUAUUAUGCUUUGUAAAUUCACAGCAGUAAGAUAAAUUUUUGUUGAAUGUAUUAACAUCCUAUGAUCUGAAAACAUGGGUUUUUAUUUGGCACAUUUAAAUAAAAUGUUUCUAACUAGAGUUUCGAUUUGUGUUCAAUAUUAACACUUUUCAACUUGGUAAAAUUCUGGAGUCAAACUCCUGAAUUGUUAUUAACCAUAUUCCUACAGGCAUAUGAAGUUUAAUGGUGUUGGUUAAAUCUUUUGAACAUCAUUAACUGUUCUGUACAUACAUACACUUGGCCAGGGUCUUAGGGAAAUUGAAAAUUUCAUUUUAUCGUUAUUUGGUUUGGGUAAGAUGAUCUGAUCUUGGGUCCUGUAUAAUAGCAUGGAUGCAUCAUGGACAAGUUCUAAAUUAAGAGGUAUUUGAAAUUGGUAUUAUUAGAUGAUGUGACAUUAAUGAUGUCAUUCUUUUACCCUAGAGGGACCACAUAUUUGUCUGACAGGAACUAAAGGCAAAGAGCUUAUUAAAUGUGUAAGGAGUAGUUAGACCUGAUGCUGGAAAAACAGUCUUACUGUAUAGUAACUAAUGGAAGUUUCCGGGCUCCUUAGGUAGGAUGGUGUCAAAACUCCACGUUUGGGGGGGUUUCUUAAUGUGCUUCUGUUUCUUUCAACAUCAGUCAAGUCAAUUUUGUACCAAAAGAGUGCAUGUUUGAGGAAUUGUCUGAAUUUGGGACAAGACGUCUUCAUGUAAACCAGCUUUGCAAAAUUUUCCAACCCGGAUAGACUUCUCUAAUUCCUUCAAGUGGAUUGCCUUACUCGGAGCAGAGAUCUGUUAAUCUCUAAGCUAGGUUUUUCAGUUUCUAAUCAUCAUAAUUUCUCUUUAUUUUGCCAGGCUGGUGUAAAGUAAAGAUGUUAAUGAGAAAUGUUAAUGUGAGACUGAAGCAGUUUUGUGAAUCUCCCCUAUGCUUAGCAACACCUCAUGUAGCUAAGUUUUUUUUGGUAGAACUUAAAAUUUUUAUAGUCAGUUCUUUAUUCAGACCUUAUUUAAGUAUAAAAGGGCAGUAAUGGUAACUUGAGAGUUCUCUGGUCAAGCUUUUAUCAGGUGGUAUUUAACCUUAUUGCAAAAAAAAAAAAAAAAAAAAAACACAACCAAGACUUAAAUAA